ACUGUUCUUCGAUUUCUUCAAAAACAAAAAUUUCAAAAAUCAACUGAUUGAGAGAAACCCAAUUCCUAAAAACUAUAGCUUAGAUCGUAACAAGUUCGUCAAUUCACUCACCUUUAUGUCACUAGCCACUUUCAAAGCCUUGAAUGAAACACUAAAACCUUGCAAAAAGCUCUCAUCUUCAAUUUUUACAGGGCCAUUGUCUCAAGAAGAACCGGACCCAACCACAUAUUUAAUUCCAAGAAAGCCUCCAAAAUCCUCUCUUUCACAGCAAAUUCAACGACUUGGAGACUGUUUUCCUUUGCCACAACAACCCCAAUCCCAGUUAAAGAAAAAUGAAGAUGAGGAGAAAGAAGAAGCAGAACAGGAGAUAAAAAUUGCUGAUUUUGGGAGACCUGAAUUGGGCCAGUUAUUUGAUCAUACAGGACCCUUUGAACCAUUAGUCCUUUCUUUGCCUGGAGAGUCACCUAUUGUACAGGUUCCUGCUUCUAUCAACUGCAGGUUGCUUGAACAUCAAAAGGAAGGAGUAAAAUUCUUAUAUAAGCUAUACAAAAACAAUCAUGGAGGUGUUCUUGGCGAUGACAUGGGAUUGGGCAAAACUAUUCAGACAAUUGCAUUCCUCGCUGCUGUUUUUGGGAAAGAUGGAGAAUGUGCCGAUUCCACAAUAGUAAGGGAUAACCAGGUAUCAAGAAAAGGUCCUGUACUAAUCAUUUGCCCUACUUCUGUCAUCCAGAACUGGGAGAUUGAAUUUUCUAGGUGGGCGAACUUUAGUGUCUCUCUUUACCAUGGUGCAAAUCGUGAUUUGAUUCUUGAGAAGUUGGAAGCAGGUGGAGCCAAGAUACUUAUUACCAGUUUUGACACAUAUCGAAUUCAUGGGAGCAUUUUGUCAGAGAUUGAAUGGGAGAUUGUGAUUGUUGAUGAGGCACACCGGCUUAAAAAUGAGAAAUCAAAACUAUAUGGAGCAUGUUUAGAAAUUAGCACUAGAAAACGAAUUGGUCUCACAGGAACUAUUAUGCAAAAUAAAAUUAUGGAACUUUUUAAUCUCUUCAACUGGGUUGCGCCUGGAUCAUUGGGAACACGAGAACAUUUUAGGGAGUUUUAUGAUGAACCUCUCAAGCAUGGUCAGAGGGCAACUGCACCUGAAAGAUUUGUCCAGGUUGCUGAUGAGCGAAAAGAGCACCUAGUGGCAGUUCUUCGUAAAUAUAUGCUUAGGAGGACGAAGGAUGAGACCAUUGGGCAUCUAAUGCUGGGAAAGGAAGAUAAUGUUGUAUUCUGUGCCAUGAGUGAAUUACAAAAACGGGUUUAUAGCAGAAUGUUACAAAUACCUGAUAUCCAGUGUCUUAUAAAUAAGGACCUUCCAUGUAGCUGUGGUAGCCCCCUUAAACAAGUGGAAUGCUGCAAAAGGAUUGUACCUGAUGGAAUUAUAUGGCCUUACCUUCACAGGGAUAACCCUGAAGGCUGUGAUUCCUGCCCCUUCUGCCUUGUCCUUCCUUGCCUUGUCAAGCUACAGCAGAUAAGCAAUCACCUCGAGUUGAUCAAGCCUAACCCUAAGGAUGAACCAGACAAACAAAGGAAGGAUGCAGAGUUUGCUUCUGCUGUCUUUGGUCCUGACAUAGAUUUGGUAGGGGGGAAUGCCCAAACUGAGAGUUUCAUUGGCCUGAGUGAUGUUAAACAUUGUGGAAAAAUGCGGGCACUGGAAAAGUUAAUGUUCUCUUGGGCUUCACGAGGUGACAAGCUUCUUCUAUUCAGCUACUCUGUCAGGAUGCUGGACAUACUGGAAAAGUUUCUCAUACGUAAAGGGUAUAGUUUUUCAAGACUUGAUGGUUCCACUCCAACUAAUUUGCGUCAAUCUAUGGUUGAUGAAUUCAAUUCAAGCCCAAGCAAACAGGUGUUCCUCAUAUCAACUCGAGCUGGUGGGCUUGGGUUGAAUCUUGUAAGUGCAAAUCGUGUGGUUAUAUUUGAUCCAAACUGGAAUCCUGCCUAUGAUUUACAGGCCCAGGACAGGUCAUUUCGUUUUGGGCAGAAACGUCAUGUUGUAGUGUUCCGUCUUCUUGCAGCUGGGUCCUUCGAGGAACUUGUUUAUUCCCGUCAAGUCUACAAACAACAACUUUCAAAUAUUGCAGUUUCGGGAAAAAUGGAAAAACGUUACUUUGAAGGUGUCCAGGAUUGUAAGCAAUUUCAGGGCGAGCUUUUUGGAAUCUGCAAUUUGUUCCGUGAUCUAUCUGAUAAGCUUUUCACCAGUGAAAUCAUUGAAUUACAUGCGAAACAUGGACAAAAUGACGCUCAUUGCUCUACUGCAAGGCAGGAACUAGCUGAGAUUGGGAGUUAUUUUCUUCCUCCCAAACAAAUGGGCACGACAACUUUGUCAGUGUUGGAGACCAGCAGGCCAAGUGAUGUCACUGCUACAACAAAUAAACCUGUGCUUGAUGAGUUAGGUAUUUUAUAUGCUCAUCGUAAUGAAAACAUCAUCAAUUUUGGACAUGGAAUUAAAAAGAAAAAUGACGAGAGCUUUCCUGAGAAUAUUAACGUUGCUGUGUCUUCAAAGCAGAGAAGAAAACUAGAUGAUGCAGAUGAGAAAGAAAAUGGCUCAUCAUCCAAGAAUAGGAAAAGGAUCCAGUACGGCCUUCUUGCUCAAUUCAAGGGUAUGGGAGAGAUUGAAUUUAGCAAGUGGGUACUGUCUGCAACUCCUUCAGAAAGAGAGAACAUGCUUGAAGAAUUCAAGAAGAGGAAGCUGAAGGUUCCUAACAGUUGAAGGAUUGUCUUCUUGUAGAAACUGUAUUAUAUGUAUAUUGUUGUAUAGUAUUGCAACUACUCUACUACCAUAAGAAACUAGAUGCCAAGUAGAGAUUACAAAGUAAAUUUAGUAGUUAUGAUUUCAGGUCA